AUGGAAGGGAUUGGACUGCGAAGUUGCGGAGAGGAGAUUCUCCGUCUCGGAUUUAUGGUACGCCGUGGUGUCUGCGGCCGUUUUCCGAUCAUGAGGCGAGCUAUGGAGAUAAAGAUGAGAGACCGUAGCAAGAACAGGAAACCAUUGCAGAGAGGUCGGAUGCUCAGUAUCGAAGCGAUUCAAGCGGUUCAAGCCCUGAAGCGAGCCAAUCCUCCUCCAUCUCCUCCUCCUUGUUCCACGUCCCCGUCUUCCCCAGCGAUGUUGGAUCGCGUAAUCGUUUCUAAAUUCCGUCGGCUCUUGAAAUUUGAUAUGGUCGCCGUUCUUCGGGAACUAUUACGCCAGAACGAGUGCUCUCUAGCUCUCAAGGUUUUUGAAGAGAUUCGAAAGGAGUAUUGGUACAAGCCUCAUGUGAGAUUGUACGCAGAUAUGAUCACGGUAGUGGCGGAUAAUAGUUUGUUCGAAGAGGUCAAUAAUCUUUACUCCACUAUGAAAUCAGAGAAUGGAUUAAUGGCCGACAUUGAAGGCUUCAACACUCUCUUGGUGAUUCUUCUGAGUCAUAAGCUGUUUGAUCUUGUCAUGGACUGCUACACCUUUAUGCAGUCAACAGGGUAUGAGCCUGAUAGGUCUUCCUUCAAAAUUCUAGUCCAAGGUCUUGAAUCCAAUGGCGAAAUGGGUUUAUCGGCUAUUGUUAGGCAGGAUGCUCAUGAGUAUUAUGGAGAAUCACUCGAGUUUAUCGAAGAGGAUGAAGAAAUCUCUAGUGGGACUAGUGUGUUGAUCUAA